AUGUUGAUGAUACAGUCUGUGUAUCGUGGUUUUGAAGUGAGGAAAUAUCAGUCGUUGAUGAAAUUAAGGCAAAUUGCUCAAGUUGGAAAACAGGUGGUUGAGCUGAGAAAUCGUAUUCAGGAUCUGGCGUCAUCCAUGGAUGACAAGCAAAAAUUGAUUAUCGGAGAGACCAUAAUGAGUCUUCUCCUAAAGCUAGACACCAUUCAGGGUUUGCAUCCGAUUAUGAGAGAUGUUAGGAAAUUUGUGGCAAAAGAGCUUGUCGAUUUACAAGAGAAGCUUGAUUCGUUAACAUUUCCACAAGUGGAAUCGCAAAAUGAAGAAAAAAACGGCGAGCUUAACAAUGAUCAUGAAGUCGAAGCUGCAAAUCCUAUACACGCUAUAAAGCCGGAGCAACUGGUUGAACAGAUCUCCGACGAGCUUAAUAAAGAUCAUGUUCAAGCUCAAUCUGGUAGCAACGAUGAGGUUGUGAGGUUAGAUCUGGAGAAUCAUUAA